AUGACGUCACCCUCCAAGCCAUGGCGUCGCUUCAUCCGUGCGUCGCUUUUGCUGGCAGCGUCGCUGGCGUCGCUUCCGCUUCGCCUUGGAGAAACUUCCGCUUUCACCUCGCGGCGCUUUCACCUCGCUGCCAUCGCAGUGAUGUCUCCGAUGGCAGCGCGAGCAGAGCUGUCCCCCCCCUUAGAACGCGUCACCAAGAGAUAUGCAGAGAAGAUUCAAGGUGCAAUGGACUUUUUGUACUUUGACAUCAAACCCUAUGUGCGUGGGGGUCCGCGGCUUUUUCAGCUGGCGAUCAACGCUUUGGAUACCUCCAAUGGCUCCAACACCGCACUGGAGCGGGAUUUGUUUGCUCCCUUGCGACAGCUCGUGCUGGCAGGUGAAGAAGAUGGAGAGGUGGACUUUCGCCCAGCUUCGCAGAAGAUCGAGGCAUCAGCAAAGGCGCUCACCGCUGCAGCCCGUGACCGGCAAGUGGACGAGGCUGUGGCAGCCAGCGAUGUGCUCAUCGCUGAUCUCAGUAGCCUCUUCACGAGCGUCAAUAAGGAGGCUGGCUCCAAAGUUUUUCUAUUGCCAAAUGAUCCCGACUACGAAACGCGAUUGGAUGCCUAUCGCAGCAGGAUGGCUGAAGGGAAGACUAAGAAUUUGAUGAAGACAGACGACUGA